UACGAUGUACACUAUAUAGCCUACCUAAACAAGAAUGCACGCAUGUUAUUUACAAAAAAAAUAUGUUGGUCGCUUAAUUAAUGUGUAUUUAGUGCACUUCACUUUUUCCAUGUGUGCUGCUGGGCAUUCCAAUGGUCUUAAUGGCAAGAGAAGAAGGACAAACACAAGGGAAACCUACCUUUUUGCCACCGACGGUUGCUAAAGGAAGCCCCGCUGCUCUGCUCCUGUCAUUACUUCCACCAGCCAAGUCCAAGACGUUAAUUCAAGAAAAGAGUACAACUGUAUGCAGUGGUCCCAGCAGAACAAUGUCAUCUCUACUUUCUCAAAACAAAGAAGAGCCGUUCAUCAGAAAAUUGCUGUCUGACUCUUGUCCAGUUUCCUCUGCUGCCAACACCAGAAGCCUGAGGAAUGAAAGGCUGCCUAGAUUGGGCUCAUCUAGCUCAUCUGACGUCUACAAUGACACAUCAACAAAUCAUGCAGAGUCCUACUUUCUACGAAGGGAGAACAGACUGUCUGCAAAGAAGAAGGCAGAAGAAGAGAAGAUGAACAGUGACUAUAAAAAGAUGUAUGAAAAGGCACUGGCAACAAAUCAAAGGCUCAAGUCCCGACUAGAGUCCAGUAAACAAGACCUGGCUGCCAUUCAGGACCAGCUACAGACUGUGCAGAAGGGAAAACCAGAUGAUUGUACUUCAAAAAUGCUUGAAGCAGAGAAAAAGGAAAGUUGGACCCUUAAAAAGAGGAUAUUAGAUAUGGAAGAACAAUUAAAGGUGAAAGCUGAGCUGAAGCAAGAAAACCAAAGGCUGAAGGAUGAGAAUGGGGCUUUAAUCCGUGUCAUUACUAAACUCUCCAAGUAAAACAGGAAGCAGGCAGGGGAGAGAAAGGGGGGACACAUAAAAAGCUAUUUUUAAGUCCAGUAAAGGAAUAAACUGACCUCUGAAGUAACAUAUGAAAGGACUGUGGUUAUGCCGAUUUUCUCUAAACGUAAGGUUUCUUGUACUUUUUUGUUGUGUGAAAUAUUAAUAAAAUGCAUCUACGAAA